AUGUUGAGUCCACUAUUUUUGAAUUUAUCGCAUAACGAAUGGACGCAACCUGCACUAGCAUCUUGUCAAAUUUUAAAAUGGAUUGGCGUUUAUUUAUGUUUUACGUUUAUUUGUGGCGUUGGUCUUAAUGCAAUUAUUAUUGUUUUCCUUCUUCAAAAUAAACAUCGUCGAUCACCGAUUGAUAUCUUUAUUAUUGCUUUAUGUUUUACUGAUUUAUUAGAUGCUAUGCUUGGUAUUCCUUUAACUCUCACAUCGAAUCUUUCUUGCCGAUGGUUAUAUGGUAAAUAUCUAUGCUAUUAUGAAGGUUUUAUUACUUAUUUUGUUGGCAUGGUUGGACUCUAUAUAUUAACUGCUCUAUCAUUGAACAGGUAUUGGAAAAUUGUUAAACCAGGAAAAGCACAAUAUGUUACUUUCCAAACUGCUUAUAUAUCUGUAUUUUUGUCUGUAAUUGCUGGUUUAUUUUGGGCAAUAACACCUGUAUUUGGUUGGAAUAAUUAUAAACUAGAAGGUGCACUAACAACUUGCUCGAUAUGUUGGCAAGAGCGAUCAUUUAAUGUCAUGAGUUACAAUAUUCUCAUGUUUGUUUUUGGUUAUAUUAUACCAUUGAUUGUUAUGGUUUAUUGCAACACAUGUAUUUAUCUAAAAGUGCGUAAGACACAUCAGAAAACAAUGGCAUGGAAUAAAAUGGCAACUACACCGAAAGCUGGGCGUCGGAAACAAAAUGUGGAGAGACGUAUAGCCAAAACAGUUUUCUGUAUCAUCAGUGAGUUAUUAUUUCUCUGA